UGUGGUCCCUGCUGAUUGCUGUCUGUCAUUUCCACAUAGCUUGGGUUUUUGCACCUGCGCUGAAUGUGACCUGUGCAACUGGCAGGGUGCUUGUGCAACAUUUUAAGAAUAGAUGCUUGCUUUCCGCAUUUUAGGAACAAACUCCAGAGUUGAGGUAUUCAUAAUCUGAAUAAUACUUGAUUCUGGAACUGCCGUGACCCAGGUUCAUACAAAUAGGGUCGCACAUGCAUGACAACAUGGAUGCUUGGUUUUCAGAGUAAUCGUGCACUAUAACUACGCAUCGACGCAAUCAGGAUCAAAACACCACACAGACCUCGCAAUGUUCUUAACUUUUAUUUCCAAGCAAGUAAAUGAAGAAUUGAAUUACAAAAUGAAGGAGAUAUCAUCUUCAUACCUCUGAGCUAUUAGACAUCCGCGUCGAAAGGGCUCACAUCUUGAGUCUCUGCUCCGUGAUGACUAACAAUCUAGUCAUGGCGACUUCAUUUCUUGGGCUACAGGCCCUGUGGUGCAAUGUAAUUUUAUUGCUGCUGAGUCAGGAUAUAGCUCUUGCACAGACUCUUCCUGAAGCACAGAUACUAAUCGCUUUCCGAAACUCUUUAGUUGAUGAGAAAAAUGCGCUACUAAAUUGGCAGGAAUCCAGCACUUCGCCGUGUACUUGGACUGGAGUCAGCUGCACUUCGGACGGCUAUGUCACAGGUGAGCUUCAGUUGCGGUCGCAAAAUUAUAAAUUCACACUAAUGCUUCCAGUCUACAAAAAUCAUCAUCUUUGACCAGGAAACAACACGAAAUAUCUUGAAUGAAAACAAUGUGUAGAAUCUGUUCAUGUCAAGCUACCUCUGCCAACGAUUAAUUGCAGGUGUCGACCUUUCAAGCAUGAAUCUGAAGGGCGGAGAGGAGCUUCACAUACCUCUCUGUCAUUUACCGAACCUCAUCUCCCUCCAGCUUCAAGAAAACUGCUUCUCAGGUCCCCUUCCAAGCGAACUUAGCAACUGCACCAAUCUGGAGCACCUAAAUUUGGGCGCCAAUAAUUUCGGGGGUGCCGUUCCAGCUCAGAUCAUGUCUUCUCUUCCGAAGCUCAAGUAUCUCAACCUCUCCAUGAAUAAUUUCACGGGGGCAUUACCCGACGCUGUUGGCAAUCUGCGCAACCUUCAGAGCUUGGACUUGAUAGCUAUGGGGCUAAGCGAAGGCUUGCCGGCGGAGCUCGGCCAACUGGUCGAAAUUCAGCACCUCGCCCUGUCGUGGAAUUCCUUCGCUCCGGAGUUUACGUUGCCGGAUACUAUAAUGCACCUGCAAAGAUUGCGAUGGUUUGAGUGCGCUGGGUGUGGUAUCAGCGGCGCCCUACCGACAUGGCUCGGAGAGUUGCAAAACCUGGAAUAUCUGGACCUCUCAAACAAUCUCUUGACAGGCGCCAUCCCAGCGUCGCUGAUGUCACUCCAAAACCUACAAUGGCUGGAACUUUACAAGAAUAAGAUUACCGGUCAAAUUCCAUUGGGUAUAUGGAAUCUUACUUCGCUUACAGAUCUGGAUGUCUCGGACAAUCUCCUGACCGGCGCCAUUCCUGAUGGAAUUGCUCGCCUUGAGAAUCUGGCUGUACUUCACUUGCAAAACAAUUGCUUUGAAGGGCCAAUGCCCUCAUCGAUUGCAAACCUCACGAAGUUGUAUGAUGUGAAACUCUACAUGAACAAGCUCAACGGUACCAUUCCCUCUACUCUUGGGCGCAACUCCCCGCUUCUUCAGUUCGACGUCUCCAACAACCAGUUUCACGGUCAGAUUCCUCCGACAUUGUGUGCUCAAGGAGUGUUGUGGAGGUUGAUACUAUUCAACAAUACGUUGACAGGCAAUGUGCCAGAGUCGUAUGGCAACUGCUCCAGCUUAAUUCGAAUCCGCAUGUUCGGAAACCAUCUCUCGGGAGGUCUUCCAGACGCUCUCUGGGGCCUUGUGAACCUCAAUCUUCUUGAAAUCUACGACAACGAAUUGGAAGGAAAUAUACCCGCAGCUAUUGCGAAUGCGACAAAUCUUAGCUCCUUGAAAAUCAACAACAACAGAUUCACCGGUCGUUUGCCUCCGGAGCUAGGCCAUCUCAAGAAGAUCGAACGCUUCCACGCGCACCACAACAACUUCUCAGGGGAAAUUCCGUCAGAGAUCGGUAACCUCGGAUCAAGCCUAACAGACUUGUAUCUAGACGCAAACUCUUUAUCCGGGGAAGUGCCAACACAAAUCGGCAACCUGAUCAAUCUAGUCUACCUGGGAUUAUCCAGCAACCGUCUUACGGGUCCCUUGCCUCCAGUAAUCACCAACUUGGAAAAUCUCAUCUUCCUCGAUGUGUCACACAAUUUUCUUUCGGGAGAUCUAAGCAGUACAAUCUCUAAUCUCAACAUAGAUCGCUUCGUCACGUUCAAUUGCUCAUACAACAGAUUUUCAGGGAGAUUUGCGGCGAGGUCAAUCGACCUGCUCAGCCUCGACUGGUUUAUCGGCAAUCCUGAUAUAUGCAUGGCAGGAAGCAACUGCCAUGAGAUGGAUGCACACCACUCAACCCAGACUCUGAAGAAGAGUGUCAUUGUCAGUGUUGUUUCAAUAGCCGCGGUUUUUUCCCUCGCCGCAUUAAUACUUAUAGCGUUGACAAACAAGUGUUUUGGUAAGGGGCCAAGGAAUGUGGCGAAACUCGAUAGUUAUUCGAGUGAGAGACAGCCUUUUGCGCCGUGGAGUAUUACGUUGUUCCAUCAAGUGAGCAUCACUUACAAAGAGUUAAUGGAAUGCUUAGACGAGGAGAACGUGAUUGGGAGUGGCGGAGGUGGGGAGGUCUACAAGGCUACCUUAAGAAGUGGUCAAGAGAUUGCUAUAAAGAAGCUGUGGGAAGCUGGCAAGGGCAUGGACCUGCACGAAAAUGGAUUCAAAGCUGAGGUGGAUACUCUUGGCACCAUCAGGCAUCGCAACAUUGUGAAACUGCUCUGUUGUUGCUCAAGUUUUACGACGAACUUUUUAGUGUAUGAGUACAUGCCAAAUGGAAGCUUGGGUGAGUUUCUUCAUGGCGCUUCGAAGGACAGCACGUUAUCUGAUUGGAGUGUUCGUUAUAAGAUUGCGGUAGGAGCUGCUCAGGGACUUGCUUACUUGCAUCACGAUUGUGUACCACAAAUACUCCACCGGGACAUAAAAUCAAACAACAUUUUGCUGGACGACGAGUAUGAGGCACGCAUAGCUGACUUUGGAUUGGCAAAGGGCCUUGAUGAUGAUGCUUCAAUGUCGGUCGUAGCAGGCUCUUACGGCUACAUUGCACCAGAGUACGCAUACACCCUGAACGUGGAUGAGAAGACAGACGUCUACAGUUUCGGUGUGGUGCUCAUGGAGUUGAUAACUGGAAGACGACCAGUUGCUGCAGAGUUCGGCGAUGCAAUGGACAUUGUGAGGUGGGUCUCAAAACAAAGACGGGAGCAUGGAGAUAGUGUAGUUGUGGAGCUCUUAGACCAAAGGAUAGCAGCUCUGAGCUCUUUCCAGGCUCAGAUGAUGAGUGUUUUCAACAUUGCGGUGGUCUGCACUCAAAUUCUGCCCAAAGAAAGACCGACCAUGCGGCAAGUUGCCGAUAUGCUCAUUGAUGCACAGAAAUCUGAGACUGAGACCUAUUAGUGUUUGAUGGAUUUAGGAGUAUUGAAGGACCCUUCUGUGUACAUAUAUAUAUAUAUAUAUAUAUAUAUUCCUCUCUUUAAUAGAACAUACUAUUAAGUAGUGGAAUUUGAAGGCUUCGGUGAAAGACAGCAACACCUCGACCGACACCUCCAACUAGUUGAAACUCCCCAUGUCAGACCUCUUAAAAUCGGCUAUUAAUCUGAGCAUUUCCGUUUUGAAAAUGAUAGACUAAAUAGUAAUGGUAGUUAUUCUGAUUCUAUUUUUAUUUGAAAUCUUAGUUUUGUCUUCUUUCUAUCUGUUAAAUGGUAUUAACAUUCGAUUAAGCAAAUGUAUUUGAAAUAGAAACAUCGUUGUUGAAUGAUGUAUCAGAUGUGUAAGU